GAUAUCUCUGUUUCAAUCAUUGUGAAAUUCUCCAUUUUAAAGCUCAGUUUUUUGCUUCAAUGGCGGUGAUGAUGCUUAUGCGACAGUAAGCUCGACUUUUUUUACGACGGAUAUUCAUCACCUGGAUUGCUAAAGUUUUUGGUGCUUUGUCUAAACAAUGGCUGCUUGGUCACCAUCAGUUGGGAUAUGAUCUUGUUGUCUUAAUAAGGGCGUCACUAGAACAUGGAAGUUUCCUUCUGCAAGGUUUUUUACUGGUAAGAACAAGAUUAAACUUGGAUCAGAGACACUGAUGUUUACAAGAAAACGUUUCAUGGGGGAUUUGGUUACUAGCGCGUUAAAAAGUUAUCAGUUGAGUAAGAUAUGUGCUUCGAAGACUUCCAUCGAGCUGAGAGAGGCAUUGUCUACUAAAAGAGCUCAGGUUGAUGACCUGAAGAAGGUAACAUCAUAUUCAUUCAGGACAAAAUCUGGUGCUCUUGUUAAAGUUAAAGUUGAACAGAAGAGAGAAAAGUACAGCAUUAUGGUUUAUGUCUCAUCUUUGGAACUAACUGGUGAUGACAAGAGUAGACUGGUGAUGGUUUGGGGUGUCUACAGGUCUGAUUCUUCCUGUUUUUUGCCUCUGGAUUUCGAAAACUCUUCCCAAGACUCACAAACCCACACAACAGAAACUCCAUUUGUGAAAAGCUCCUUGUCUGAGUUAAUGCUAGGGCUAGAAUUUGAUGGGAAAGAAUCGCCUUUCUACCUAUCAUUUCACUUGAAGUUAGUGUCAGGAAGAGAUCCGGACGGUCAAGAAAUGCUGACACACAGGGACACUGACUUCUGUAUCCCGGUUGGUUUUACUGCUGGUCAUCCAUUGCCGUUAGGCCUUUCUUCAGGGCCAGAUGAUGACUCUUGGAAUUUUGCCUUCUUUUCAAGAAACUCAACGAACGUGGUUUUAUGCUUGUAUGAUGAUACCACAACCAAUAAACCUGCUUUAGAGCUUGAUCUCGAUCCUUAUGUCAACCGAACAGGUGAUGUUUGGCAUGCUUCAAUUGACAAUACAUGGGAUUUUGUGAGAUAUGGCUACCGUUGCAAGGAGACGGCUCACUCGGAAGAAGAUGUCGAUGUUGAAGCUGAGCCAAUUGUUUUGGAUCCAUAUGCCACAGUCAUUGGUAAAUCUGUCUCUCAGAAAUUUCUUGGAAGUUUAUUUAAGAACCCUUCUUUUGAUUGGGGAGAAGAUGUGUCUCCGAAUAUACCUCUGGAGAAACUUAUUGUUUACCGGUUGAAUGUGAAGGGUUUUACACAACACAAAUCCAGCAAGUUGCCUAGUAACGUAGCAGGGACUUUUUCUGGUGUAGCUGAGAAAGUUAGCCAUCUGAAAACCCUUGGAGUCAACGGUGUUCUCUUGGAGCCAAUAUUUUCGUUCUCCGAGCAAAAAGGUCCUUAUUUUCCAUUUCAUUUCUUUUCACCAAUGGACAUAUAUGGACCUUCCAAUAGCCUUGAAUCCGCGGUUAACUCAAUGAAAGAGAUGGUGAAGAAAUUGCACAGUCAGGGAAUAGAGGUACUUUUGGAAGUAGUUUUUACACAUACCACUGAUUCUGGAGCUCUUCAUGGAAUUGAUGACAGUUGCUAUUAUUACAAGGGAAGGGCCAAUGAUCUAGAUUAUAAAAGUUACUUGAACUGUAACUAUCCUGUUGUUCAGCAGUUGAUUUUGGAGAGCUUGCGUUAUUGGGUUACCGAGUUUCAUGUAGAUGGUUUUUGUUUCAUAAAUGCUUCGUCUCUCUUGAGAGGCGUUCACGGUGAACAGCUCUCUCGUCCUCCCUUGGUUGAAGCAAUAACUUUCGAUCCACUUCUUGCGGAAACCAAACUAAUUUCUGAUUGCUGGGAUCCACUUGAAAUGAUGCCAAAAGAAGUACGGUUCCCGCAUUGGAAGCAAUGGGCAGAACUCAACACAAGAUAUUGUCGAAAUGUAAGAAAUUUUCUGAGGGGAAGAGGUGUUCUUAGCGAUCUGGCUACAAGAAUAUGUGGAAGUGGUGACAUAUUUACCGAUGGAAGAGGUCCGGCUUUCUCCUUCAACUACAUUUCAAGAAACUCAGGACUCUCUCUUGUUGACUUAGUCAGUUUCAGUGGCCCUGAGCUAGCUUCAGAGCUAAGUUGGAAUUGUGGGGAAGAAGGAGCAACAAAUAAAUCAGCUGUUCUUCAAAGAAGGCUAAAGCAAAUCCGCAACUUCUUGUUUAUACAGUACAUAUCACUCGGAAUUCCAGUGCUUAACAUGGGAGAUGAAUGUGGAAUCUCGAUAAAGGGCUCGCCUUUGUUGGAAUCACGGAAACCUUUUAAUUGGAACUUGCUAGCUUCGGCUUUCGGUACACAGAUCACGCAAUUCAUCUCCUUCAUGACUUCAGUAAGAGAAAGAAGAAGCGAUGUGUUUCAGAGGAGAAACUUUUUGAAACCUGAAAAUAUUGUUUGGUAUGCAAAUGACCAAACAACUCCAAAGUGGGAAGAUCCUACUUCUAAGUUUUUGGCAUUGGAGAUCAAAUCAGAGUCAGAGGAAGAGGAAACUGCGUCACUGGUUGAGCCAACUGAGCCAAAGAGCAAUGAUCUGUUCAUCGGAUUCAAUGCAAGUGAUCAUCCGGAGAGUGUAAUCUUACCUUCACUUCCGGAUGGAAGCAAAUGGAGACGAUUGGUCGACACAGCUCUUCCUUUCCCGGGGUUUUUCUCUGUCGAAGGAGAGACCGUUGUUGUAGCAGAAGAACAGCUGCAGCAACUGAUUGUGUAUGAGAUGGAGCCGUACAGUUGUACCCUUUUUGAAACCAUCAAUGCUACUGCUUAGAACUCAAGUUAUGAUCUUUGUAUAUGUUACUGUGUUGUCAUAUUUCCAAUAAGAAUAUUCAAUUAAAUCAAUGACUUCCACAA